UCGGGGCUCGGCGGCGGCCGGGCUCGGGGCGGACGUACCACCAUGGGGUCGUCAAAGAAGCAUCGCGGGGAGAAGGAGGCGACCGGGACGACGGCGGCGGCCAGCACCGGGGGCGCCACCGAGCAGCCGCCGCGGCACCGGGAGCACAAAAAACACAAGCACCGGAGCGGCGGCGGCGGCGGCGGCAGCAGCGGCGGCGAGCGACGGAAGCGGAGCCGGGAGCGUGGGGGCGAGCGCGGGGGCGGGCGGCGCGGGGCCGAAGCCGAGGCCCGCAGCGGCGCGCACGGGCGGGAGCGCAGCCAGGCCGAGCCUUCCGAGAGGCGCGUGAAGCGGGAGAAGCGCGAUGACGGCUACGAGGCCGCUGCCAGCUCCAAAACUAGCUCAGGAGAUGCCUCGUCUCUCAGCAUCGAGGAGACCAAUAAACUCCGGGCCAAGUUGGGGUUGAAACCGUUGGAGGUCAAUGCCGUCAAGAAGGCCAUGGGCAGGCAUAGCCUCACGUCUGGGCCCCCCUUCCAGAGGCGGGCACCAAGGAGGAGCCCGUGGCAGCCGAGGUCAUCAACCCUAUGGCUUUGCGACAGCGAGAGGAGCUACGAGAGAAGCUGGCGGCUGCCAAAGAAAAGCGCCUCCUGAACCAAAAGCUGGGGAAGAUAAAGACACUGGGCGAGGAUGACCCCUGGCUGGAUGACACUGCAGCCUGGAUUGAGAGGAGCCGGCAGCUUCAGAAGGAGAAGGACUUGGCAGAGAAGAGAGCCAAGCUGCUGGAGGAGAUGGACCAAGAGUUCGGCGUGAGCACUCUGGUGGAGGAGGAGUUCGGGCAGAGGCGACAGGACCUGUACAGCGCCCGGGACCUGCAGGGCCUCACCGUGGAGCACGCCAUCGAUUCCUUCCGAGAAGGAGAGACUUUGAUCCUCACCCUCAAGGACAAAGGCGUGCUGCAGGAGGAGGAGGAUGUGCUGGUGAAUGUGAACCUGGUGGAUAAGGAGCGGGCAGAGAAAAACGUGGAGCUGCGGAAGAAGAAGCCCGACUACCUGCCCUACGCAGAGGACGAGAGCGUGGACGACUUGGCACAGCAAAAACCCCGCUCUAUAUUGUCCAAGUACGACGAGGAGCUCGAGGGCGAGCGGCCACAGUCCUUCCGUCUGGACCAGGGUGGCACGGCCGAUGGCCUCCGGGAACGGGAGCUGGAGGAGAUCCGGGCCAAGCUGCGGCUGCAGGCCCAGUCCCUGAGCACGGUGGGACCCCGACUUGCCUCCGAGUACCUCACGCCCGAGGAGAUGGUGACCUUUAGAAAGACCAAGCGGAGGGUGAAGAAGAUCCGCAAGAAGGAGAAGGAGGUGGUUGUGCGGGCUGACGACUUGCUGCCUCUUGGGGACCAGAGUCAAGAUGGGGACUUCGGUUCCAGACUGCGGGGCCGGGGUCGGCGCCGAGUGCCCGAGGCAGACGAGGAGGCCCCGGAAGAGGAGGAGAAGGAGCCUGUGCCUCAGCCCCCGCAGUCAGAUGACACCCGAGUGGAGAACAUGGACAUCAGUGAUGAGGAGGAGGCCGGAGCACCGCGAUCUGGGUCCCCAGAGGUGCUGGAGGAGGAUGAGGCGGAGCUGGAGCUGCAGAAGCAGCUAGAGAAGGGGCGCCGGCUGCGGCAGCUGCAGCAGCUACAGCAGCUGCGAGACAGCGGGGAGAAGGUGGUGGAGAUUGUGAAGAAGCUGGAGUCGCGCCAGCGGGGCUGGGAGGAGGAUGAGGAUCCGGAGCGGAAGGGGGCCAUCGUGUUCAACGCCACGUCGGAGUUCUGCCGCACUCUCGGGGAGAUCCCCACCUACGGGCUGGCCGGCAACCGGGAGGAGCAGGAGGAGCUCAUGGACUUUGAACGGGAUGAGGAGCGCUCGGCCAACGGCGGCUCUGAGUCGGACGGGGAGGAGAACAUUGGCUGGAGCACAGUCAACCUGGAUGAGGAGAAGCAGCAGCAGGAUUUCUCGGCCUCCUCCACCACAAUCCUGGACGAGGAGCCCAUUGUGAACAGAGGGCUGGCAGCCGCCCUGCUGCUGUGUCAGAACAAAGGGCUGCUGGAGACGACGGUGCAGAAGGUGGCGCGCGUGAAGGCGCCCAACAAGUCGCUGCCGUCCGCCGUGUACUGCAUCGAGGACAAGAUGGCCAUUGAUGACAAGUACAGCCGGCGGGAGGAGUACCGUGGCUUCACCCAGGACUUCAAGGAGAAGGACGGCUACAAGCCCGACGUUAAGAUCGAGUACGUGGACGAGACGGGCCGGAAGCUCACCCCCAAGGAGGCUUUCCGGCAGCUGUCCCACCGCUUCCACGGGAAGGGCUCGGGCAAGAUGAAAACGGAGCGGCGGAUGAAGAAGCUGGACGAGGAGGCGCUCCUGAAGAAGAUGAGCUCCAGCGACACGCCCCUGGGCACGGUGGCUUUGCUCCAGGAGAAGCAAAAGGCCCAGAAGACGCCGUACAUCGUGCUCAGUGGCAGCGGCAAGAGCAUGAACGCGAACACCAUCACCAAGUGAAGCCAACCUCCCUUCCGGUCCCCACCCCAACUUUAAUAUUAAAUAAAGUCCCCUCCUUAUUUUUUC